UGCGCAGCUCAGGAGCUGGUAAACUGAGUAGCGCCGUUUGAAAGAUUUGAGUUUUAUUCGGCCGGUACAGGGGGGGGCUCGGGCCAAAGAAAGCGAUUAGAGAGAGUAGAAGAGAGGUGAGGAUGGAAGUGACAAUGGAUGACAAGAAUGAGACAGAAGAUGCGCUGAUGGCACCAGAGCCCAGGAUCGAGAAGUCGGCGUACGAUAUGCUGCAGCAAAGCAAGGCUUCAAUGGAGGAGAUCGUGGGCAAGAUGCUUUCUAUCAAGAAAGAAGCUCAACCCAAAUCUCAACUCCGCGAACUCGUCACUCAAAUGUUCCUCCACUUCGUCGUUCUCCGCCAGGCGAAUCGAUCUAUCUUGCUGGAAGAAGACCGUGCGAAAGCUGAAACAGAGCGUGCCAAGACCCCGGUGGACUUCACGACACUUCAGCUUCACAAUUUGAUGUAUGAGAAAAACCACUAUGUGAAAGCCAUCAAGGCUUGCAAAGAUUUCAAGUCCAAGUAUCCUGACAUUGAACUGGUGCCCGAGGAAGAAUUUUUCAGAGAUGCACAUGAGGAUAUUAAAGGCACCGUGAUGUCAAAUGACAGUGCUCACAAUCUGAUGCUCAAGAGGCUCAAUUUUGAGCUCUUCCAGCGUAAGGAACUGUGCAAGCUUCAUGAAAAACUGGAACAGAGGAAAAAAGGUCUUUUGGAGACUAUUGCAAAUCGGAAGAAGUUCUUAUCGAGUCUCCCUUCACACCUUAAGUCUCUUAAGAAAGCAUCUUUGCCAGUACAACAGCAAUUAGGGGUUUUGCAUACAAAGAAACUAAAGCAGCAGCACUCAGCAGAGUUGCUUCCACCUCCUCUCUAUGUAAUUUACUCACAGUUCACAGCACAAAAAGAAGCAUUUGGAGAAAAUAUAGAUAUGGAGAUAGUAGGAAGUGUGAAGGAAGCUCAAGCUUUUGCCCGUCAGCAAGCAAAUAAGGAUUCUGGUGUUUCUACCAAUGUAGACAAUUCCAGGUUAGAGGAUGAUGCACCUGAUGAGGAAGAUGAUGGGCAGAGAAGGAGAAAGCGGCCAAAGAAGGUACCAAGCAAAGAGAAUCUUGACCAGGCAGGAGUAUACCAAGUUCAUCCACUGAAAAUCAUCCUUCACAUAUACGAUGAUGAGGUCUCUGAUCUAAAAUCUGCAAAACUCAUUACUCUCAAGUUCGAAUACUUGUUGAAGUUGAACGUUGUAUGUGUUGGGAUUGAAGGCUCUCAUGAAGGACCCGAGAAUAACAUCCUGUGCAAUCUAUUCCCUGAUGACACUGGCCUUGACCUUCCUCAUCAGUCAGCUAAGCUUUUUAUUGGUAAUGCCCGUGCAUUUGAUGAAAGAAGAACUUCUCGUCCAUAUAAGUGGGCCCAGCAUUUGGCAGGAAUUGAUUUUUUGCCGGAGGUGUCACCUUUGCUUACUUGCAGUGAAACCCCAAGCAGUGAAACAGCUAAAAAUGCUACUGUUGUUUCUGGCCUUUCACUAUACCGCCAGCAGAAUAGGGUUCAGACAGUUGUGCAAAGGAUUCGCUCUCGGAAAAAGGCUCAGCUGGCUCUUGUGGAGCAGCUUGAUUCUCUUAUGAAGCUUAAAUGGCCCACUGUGAGUUGCAAAAGUAUUCCCUGGGCCCUGCAUACCCCUUUGUGCAAUUUCAAUGGUUGGUCGUCUGUAGGGUCCUCUCCUAAUCAGGCUUCAGCUUUGUCUGUCACCAGUAAGGAUCAAGUUCAGGAGACUUUGGACAUCGAUAUGGAUAGGAAGUCUGGUACACCAAGGGAAGAGGUAGAGAGUGCAAGGGAAGAUGGGGAACUUCCAUCUUUGGUUCCAGUUGCAUCUGUUGUAAAUGAGGCUAAACUCACUCCCUCGAGAGGAUCUGAACUUGAGCAUUCCAGACGUCUAGCUUUGAUUUCAAAGAGCAUUGUGCCUCCAACUAACAAGAUAAAAUCACUGAGCUUCAAGAAACAUGAUGAUGAUUCAGACCUCUUAUUAGAAUCUGAUAGUGAUCUCGAUGAGCCUGCACAAAUUGAGCCAGAGGCAGAAAAUAUAGCUAGUGAUGGAUGCUAUGUGAUGAUCGAGAACUCAUGGGUGGACUAUGGUGUCAGGGAAUUUUGCCUUGUUCUAACAAGGAAAAUGGAUGCAAAUGAGAGGAAUGUAAAGUUAGAGGCAAAGAUCAAAAUCAGUAUGGAGUAUCCUCUUAGGCCUCCCCUUUUUGCAAUCAGUCUAUACACUGUAUCUCCUGUUGAAAGUGAUUCUGAAAUUGAAGGAUCGGAGUGGUACAAUGAACUGCGUGCCAUGGAAGCAGAGAUCAAUCUUCACAUAUUAAGGAUGCUGCCUUUGGAUCAAGAGAACUAUAUCUUAGCUCAUCAAGUGUGUUGUCUUGCGAUGUUGUUUGACUAUCACAUGGAUGAAGCAUCUUCAUCUUCUGAAAAAAUAAAAAGUACUUCCGUGGUUGAUGUUGGUCUAUGCAAGCCUGUUACAGGUAGGCUUCUUGCCAGAUCAGUUAGAGGGAGGGAUCGUAGGAAGAUGAUCUCCUGGAAAGAUAUGGAAUGCACUCCUGGCUAUCCUUACUAGAAAUACAGUUUUGGGUUCCAAAGGUAAUGGUAGUAAUGCAUCAAGUGGUACCUGUUAGAUUAGGUACAAAAGUUGCUGGAUUUUAAAACAGUGUGCGCUAGCAAAAAGGGUUGUUUCAACAUCUCCUUUUUAGCAUUAGUAGUUCACAAUAGGGACAUAUAUUCUAGGGUGCAUUGUUUCAUUCCCUGGUCUGAAUCCAUAGUGUUGUGAGGUUCAAAAGUCUGGAAGACAGAUUUCUCAAGAUUAAGUUAUAUAUGUUGUACUGCAGUAAAUUUUGUGGGCACCAGAGCAAGACUUUUGUUAUGGAUUAGGAGCUCACGUCAAAUAUAGUUGAUUGUUCAGAAAGAAAAGCUUUUGUUCAUAUGUUCCUCUGAAUGUUGAUGCUGAGUUGCUCUUACUGUGCAUUGCAGCUCAUAUGGUCCUCAACCCAGAGGAUGAUUGUUGGCUCCUGGAGUCGUAAGUUUGAGUAGACUUGUGCACAUAAUGGUUGAGUAAUUCUCUGGACAUAAUUUAAUGGAUUUCUAAUUGAUUGAUUUACAGUUUUGAAGGCA